AUGGCCGAAGUGGGCACCGUACAGAGCAUUGAGUUCGGGCUGAUGGGAGACCAGGAGCUUCGACAACUAUCGAUACUCGAGAUCCGAGACGCUGCUGACUUGAGCGACCCCCGUCUUGGGGUGUCUUUAAAGCAGAAGGGUACCUGCGGCACGUGCGACGGCAAAGCUGACCCGUCAACGGCUGAGAGCAACUGCCCGGGACACUGGGGCCAUAUCGAGCUCGUCUUCCCAGUGUUCUUCCCACAUCUCAUCCCAAAAGUCACCCAAGUGCUGCUCUCUUUCUGCGUCAAUUGCCGACGACGCCUCAGCAGAAAGGUGCCGCCCCCGCUGCUCAACUUCAACGGCCACCGGCUGCAGCUCCGUCCGAAAGCCGGCCGGAGAGCCGCGGAACGCGUUCCGGCGGAAUCAAGCGAAGGAGAUGAGAGCGAUGGGGGCGAGGUUUGCUGCGAGGAUUCCGUGAAAGAGUCCGCUGAGGCGAAGGUUCUGCAGUUCCGGCGGAUGCUCUGCGCGGUGUGCAAGAAGAGAGCCGACGUCGAGUUCCGAGAAGACUUCGACGCAAAAGCGGUCCAGAGGCUUUUCAAAAAGAUCACUGACGAGGAGUGGAGGGGUUUCAAGCCGCGGGGAGGUCUUGGCCGACCGGAGUGGCUAGUUCAUUCCGUUCUCCUCGUUCCGCCCCCGCACCUCCGGAUCGCUCCGGAGUGGGCCUCCCGCUUGAAAGUGGACCACAUCACCCGAUGUCUGCGGUCAAUCUUGGCGGCCAACAAGAAGCUGAAACAACUGAAGGACGCCGGCAAAGUGCCUGACGUGUUCGAGCUCGAGCGCCUGCAGCCGCCCGUCAACUCCUUCUUCCGCGCGGCCGCCAAGGAGCCGGAGAGCGGAACAGCGGAACAGCGGAAGGCCCGAGCGCCCACCAAGAAAGACCGGGGCAUCCUCGACCUGAUCCAGCCGCCCAAAGAGCCGAAAGAGGGCCACGUGGCGCUCCUCAAGGGCAAACGGAGCGACUACAGCGGCCGCAGCGUUAUCUCGCCCGCCGCUGACGUCAGCGUGACCGCGGUCGAAGUCCCCCGGGAGAUGGGCCUCAGAAAAACGGAGAGGGUGACGUCGUUGAACCUGCCGAGGCUGCAGGGAAUUUUCGAGCGAUCAAUUCGAGCCGCCCGAGGACUCCUGGAGAGAGACGAGCCGUUGAAAGAGUGCCCGGAAGAUGCAACCGAGGGCCCGUCAAAUGAUGGGACUGCAACUAGGGCGGGAGAGGCAUUUGAGACCGGUAGAGAAUCGGAAGGCGAUCAGAACCAAAGGACUCGUCGGCAGAGCGAUAGGGGCUGGGGAGCUGGGGAGGAGAAAGCGGCAGGCCAGCGGAACGGAAGGACGGAGAUGCAGCGGAAAGAGAUUGAUGGAACACAGCCGGAGGUGGAAGGGUGGGGCGGAGGGAAUGGUUGUGGCGAAGUGGGCGGUGCGGAGAAGCAGAGUUCCGAUGAAGUAAGACUAGAAAAGCAGCGGAACGGAACGGGAAACCAACGGAAUGAUGACACCGGAACCCAGCCGGAAGGGGACGGGGGAACUCGUUGGGGUGAUGUGGGCGGUGCGGAGAAGCAGCGUUCAGGUGACGUAGUCAUAGAGGAGCAGCGGAACGGAGGACAGGGAACGGAACGGAAUCAGGACACCGGAAGCCAGCUGGGAUGGGGCGGCGGAACAGGGUGGGGCGGCGUGGGCGAUGCGGGGAAGCAGCGUUCUGUCGAGGCAGGGAUGGACGAGCAGCGGAAGAGCGGAACGGAAACUAAACGGAACGCCGAUCUCGAAAGCCAGCCAGUGUGGGGCGGAGGGUCUGGAUGGGGUAAUGUUGACUGCAUGAAGGAGGCUGAUUCUGCUGACGGAGACACAACGGAAAGUCCCCAAAAACCAGUGGACAGGAUGGAGGUUGAAAGUGGGAGGGGAAGAAGGGGUUAUUCGGAAGCUGCAGCGGAAGGAACGGCCUGGAAAACGGAACGGAGCGGAACGGGCUGGCAGGAAACGGACUUCAACGACCCGGAAGGUGGAGCGAAUCCAACUGAAGCGGAGCGUCCAGGAGCCCGUGAACCGAUUGAAGAACACAUAGAGGAGCAAAAAGACAUUGACUGCGCACAAAAUGAGACCAACCAAGGAAGUGCGGGAAAGAGUAUGGGUGAAGAUAAGGGAGGGGCGACCGGUUGGGGUGAACCGGGCGCUUGGGGCGCGGCAGUGGCUCGAGAUGACGUCAGUAACCCGGAUGACGUAAGCAAUUGGCAGGAAGAAGCGCCCGGUGAAGGAGAAGAGGCAACCGGUUGGGGUGUGGAAGAAGAGAAGUUGGUUGCUGAAAGGAAUGAGAGAAGCGGUGAAGAUGGAUGGGGAAAGACGAGGGCAAAGUUCGAGGCGCCUGGGGUUUGGGGCGACUCGCAGAGAGGAAUGCAAGGGGAAGGUGUCGCCAAGAAAGGAUCACGUGGAGAAGAAAGAGUGCAAGAAGAAGAGAAGCGGGAGAAAGCACGGGCGCCCAACAGGCCGGUCCGUCCGUUCGACGGGCAGAUCGUCCAGUUCCGGCGGAACGGAACGUGGCGGAAAGUCGCCCUCGUCAGCCCGGGGCAGUUCGAGCUGCGAGUGGGUGACGUCAUUGAAAGGUUGCUGACGGAAGGGGACCUGGUCUUGUGGAACCGCAACCCGUCGGUCCGGCAGCACAAUCUGUUAGCAAGCCGGGUCAAGCUAACCGACUGCAAAACCAUUGGGUUGCCGCUGCCGCUCUGCCACGCGUGCAACGGCGACUUUGACGGAGAUGAGAUGAACCUUCACGUGCCGCAAGGGCCGGAAGCGUGCGCCGAGGCGCAGGAGCUCCUGCUGACGUCAGCCAACGUCACGUCUACGCAAAAGGGCCAGGCGCUCGUUGCCCUGUGGCAGGACUCCAGGUUGGGCGUGUUCCUCAUGCUGACGUCAGGCAGAAAGGGGGCCCCGGUUGACUUCACCCGUGCGGACGCCUGCCAGCUUGUUGUGGGCAUACCGGACGAAGCUUCUCGCAGUGGGGGGUCGAAAAAACGGCUGCAAUUUGACCCCCCAACCGGAACUGAAGCGGAUGGGGGGGAGCAAACGCUGCUUCCGGAUCCCCCCGCUAGACGAAAGCUCGACGGGGAGCCUGUUUACACCGCGGACCAGAUCCUAUGCGCCGCGCUUCCGGACGGCUUUACGUACGCUAGCGAAGAAGACGGCGUCCGGAUCGCGAGGGGACGGGCGGAAUUCUACGGCGCACGGAUGGGCGCCACGUGGCUAGGGGAGGCGCCGGACGGCCUCGUGGCGACCCUGUGGAGAAUGUACGGCGCCGCGGCCGCGGUGCGCUUCCUUGACGCGGCUACGCAUUUUACCCGAGUCUUCCUGGACAACCGGGGCUUCAGCCUAGGCCUCGAGGACCUGCUGAUCACGCCGAGCCGCGCCCCCGGUUCUUCCAACCGGGCACAAAACAAAUUUGAGCAGAUUCGCAUGCGGGCGUUGCGCAUAGCGAUCCGCUGCGUCGUGAAGAUGAGCGCGGCGGAACCGGAACCGGAAUCGGUCAUGCAUGCGGACACGGGCGAUCUUGGCGAACGCUUGCGUCAGGAACUAGAGGCGAGGGAAGCGCGCAAGCCGGGCGCGAGGAGGGAGUCCGUUCCGCGGCGGAAGCGGAAGCGGACGGUGCUUGACAGCGAAAGCUCGGACGGGGCCGCGCCGCCUGACGCGAGCGGGGCCGCGAGCGUGAGCGACGCGCCCGCGCGCCUCCGGGGAGGAGGAUCCCCCGAGGACGAUCCGCUGCAGAGAGAGGCGUGGAGCGAUCCCGAUUUUGACGCCGUGAUGGAGCAGGAUGAAGUCAAAGACGGCGUUGGUGACGUCACAGUGGUACUGAAUGCCGUGAGAGGAGGCGAUGCUGACGUCAGCCUGGGAGAGGGUGUGUCACUAGGGGGGUUGAGUGGGGACGCAGAUAACCAGGAUAACCAGCCAGUAAGACAGACCGGUCGGUCGGACCCGCCCGGUUGGGGCGGAACAGGAUGGGACGGAACCGGAACCGGCUGGGGCGGAACGGGGUCCUCGAAGGAAGGUUCGGGGCUAACGGAACUGGAUGGAGAACGGAUCCCCGGGGGAGAAAACCGGGCGCCGAAGCGCCAACCCGCGCGCGCGCUCGACGAGAAGGCGGCCGCGGCCGCGGUGACCGGAAGAAAGAGGGCGGGGAUGCGCUUCGCGCUGGAAGAUCUGAGACAGGUGAAAAAGCUGAUUGGUCAAGGGAGGUGGGUUAAGAACGGGUUAAGAAAGGAAUGGAAUUCAACUGGUGCGCUGUCGGCCGAGGAGAGCCGGGUUGGGGUUCCGCCGGAAGGGAGCGGGCGGAAGCGGAAGGCGCCGGAGCGGACGGCAAGCGAGGAAGUCGGCAGGGAAGAAGAAUGUCACGGGCCGCCUGUGAAGAGGAGGGCCAACUGGUGGGGCCGUCUUCGGAGGGACGAAGAAGCGCAGAGCGAUGUGAUCCGCGUAUUCGAGCGCGCCGCAAAGGAGGAGCAGGCGCUUAUGAACCGACACGUGCCCCCGGGGAACGCCUUCCGGGCCCUGUACGAAGCAGGGUCGAAGGGAUCCCCCGCCAAUCUGCAGAAGAUGGCGCUCGCACAGGGCCUCCAGCUGUGGGAGGGGCGCGCGCUGCUGCCGAUGCUCGAAACCGAGCGCUUCCUGCCGCACCUGCCGUCCGAAAGCUGGUGGGCUUCUCGCUUCGACGAACUGAGCCGCGGCCGCUCGCGGCUGGUCAGCGCGCGCGCACUGCCGGGCGCCUUCGCGCGCCAGUAUCGGGAAGAGGCGCGCUUCGCGGCCGCGUACUUUGAGGCCCACAAGUUCAUCCGGACGCCGCUGGUGUCCGGCGCGCGCACGCGCGCGGACCACUUCUUCGCCCAGGCGAUGGCGGAGCGGCACUCGCUCGUGCUGAAGGGGACCGGGAAUGACCUACCGUACAGUAUUGGCAAGAACCUUAUGUUCCAUCUGGGCGAUUUGACCUUCGACGAACUAGGCAUGGUGACGUCGGCAGACGGCCACGUGGUUCGGUUUCCCUCUACAGAAUGGGACGGAGCCCGGGCGAAGUACUCCAAAAGAGUGGGCGCGCGCACCGAGCCGGAGCCGAUCAAGCGGACGGAACGUGCGCGCGCGCGUGGAGCGCGCGGGGUGGGAGUGCUGCUGGAUUCGCCCUCGAAGGUUCCGUUUCUGGGCCUGGAGCGGAAGAAGUUUCCUACCCCUGGAACGGAAUGGUGGUACGACGAGGAUUCAGGGUCAGAAGAAGGAAAGGGUCAGGAAGAGAAUGCUCCUGGCGAGAGGUGGGGGGAAGACGAAGACGGGAUGGAGACGCAAAAGGGAGGGGAGGAGACUGAUAAGCACCGGAGCGGUGGUGAGAGGGGGAGCCAAGAAGGUGACAGAGGUUGGGAUGGGAACGAAGACGGAUGGAAGAAUACCACUUCUGGAUGGACUGGUUUGAAAGCGAGUAGCGAUAGGGGCGAAAAGGAGAAGUCUUCUAACCCGGAGAGGGUUGAAGCAGCUCAGGGUUCGGAGACGCUGCGAAGUGGAGCUCCCUCUGCCUCCGCCGAAGACGAGCGAAAGCAGGAUUUGCCAGAAGUGUCUAGUGGAAAGACCGAACAGGGGGCCGUUCCGGGGUCUGUUUCCGCCCGCUCUGACGGCGCCCUGGGGAUCGAAACGGAAAAGUUGAGCGACGGAUCGCAAUCAAUUGGGGCAGCGCUCGCUUGCGUCACGAACAUGGUGCAGAAUGACGUGGACGCUGUAAACCCGUCGGAUGUGACCAAGAUGGAAACAGGAGGCGAAGGGCAGGAAGGUCCGGUGCGGGCGUUCGGAACGCGGCCGCGGCCGCGCCGCCUGAAAGUCACCCGCAGGCGAAAGCGUUCCGUCGCUGGCGGUGUGGGCUCUGGCGAUAACUCGAGUCCGCCGCAAAAGGACGCUUCCAAGGUUCGCAAGCGAAAGAAUUUUAGGAAAACCUCUGACAACUCGAGCUCAGAAGAGGAUCCUGAAUGGAUGCCGAACAGCGGAAGUGAUGGAGAGAGCGAAGCGAGCGGCGAAGAGGUUUCCGGCUCCGCGUUGUCCAACAUGAGGGGCGGCGGAACCGAGAGAGCGGAGGGCGACGAGUUUCGAAGCGCCCCCCGGGAUGGAGUCAGCGAUGAGCUGACUGACGUCCUUGAUGCAGUGGAUGACGUACUGAAGGCAAUGGACGAGGUCAGCAAUGCCGGGGGGGCCUUCAACGAAGUGACCCAGCCUUUUGACGGCGCGCAGACGACGGAGGGGGAGUUCGCAAAGGCGCGCGCGGAUUCCGGCGGGAAAGGGGACGGGGAACCCACGGAGAAGAGUUUCGGUGACCCUACAGCGGAAGAGACGUCACCGCUUGGACCGGAAGCGGAAUGCGAGACGGAGCCUAUGCAGUCGGACCCGUGCGAUGACGAGAACCCGACGUUUGGCGGUAUUCCGGACGUUCCGGCGGAAGGAACCUGGGACGACGGAAUUCCAGGGACGUGGGGCUUUCCGGAAGCGGGCGAUGCCGUCGGAGCCGCGGCCGCGCACGCGCUCGCGGAGCCGCUGGCGCAGGGGGUUUUGGACGCGGUGAAGCGGCCGGGUGGCGGGGUACUAGACGUGGCGCGACGAGAUAUUCUUACCUUGAAGCGAGACCCUCUGAAAGGGAAGACCACAGCCGUCAACCUAGCGCUCCAGCCGCCCGACGCGCGUGGCGCCCUCCUCACGCCCCUCCGCGCGCGCGUGUGCGCACACUUCGAGCGGCAUCUGCGGCCGCGCUCUUUGGAGGCCGCGGUCGCCUCGUGGCGCGUCGUGCGCAUGCUCAAGGAGGAUCGUCCCACCUUGACACUGACGUCGUACACGUGGCUAGAGGUCGACGGAUCGACACGUGGCGUUAGGCUCCCAAAUCUGGUCUUGGAUAUGAACGCGGCUCCGGCCCUGGCAAUCCUUGAGCUGCGCGACUCGGGCCACGUCGCUGAAUGCCUGCGGUCAACUCUGGCGGCCAAACGGCGGCAGAAAGACGACGGCAACGCGCCGGCCGCAUAUGAGCUCCAGACUUUGGCGGAAAGAGCCGAAGAAAUGCUUCCAGAGGAGUUCUCUGUCGACUUUCCGCAAGUACCCCAACCCGUGGAAGACUCCAUCUCCAGUCCUCCAAAACGGAGGCGGAACCAGGCUCUCGUCGACGACCCGCGGCGCCUGGUGGUGCGCGCGCUGCUCGGGUGGUGGACGCGCAAGGACGCGCCGUUCGACAAGCGCAUGGAGAGGUUUGAGAGCAAAGUGCGCGAGGUGCUGGAGACGAACAUUGGAGGGUCUUCUUGGGUGGCCUCCGCGACCGCGGCUCCUGCGCGCGCGCACGGGGCGCGCGGCCUCACCGUCACGGUAGAGCGGCCGCCGAAACCGAAGAUCGGCGCGAACAAGAAUGGCGAAAUGUCCCCCGCAGAACUUAAGCAGGGUUUGAGGAACUACGAGCGCGAGUAUUUGCAGAAAGUACCGAAUGCUCAAGAACAGUCGCCGCUCGGACUCGCUUUCCUGGCGGUGGCGAAGGUUCCGCCGUUCCGGCACGAGGCUGGCGAUGAUUCCGGCGGAAGGGGGGAAGUGGGCGGAACGGGAAGGACCGGAAAGAGAGAGGGAGCGGAGAGCGGAAGCAGAAGAGUAUGGCCCAAGAGCUUCUUUAACUCGGACAGCGAAGAAGAAGAUGCCUCGGAUGAGGAGGCGUCAGUAAAGGACGGAAGUGGUCGGUUAGAGGACUUGCAAACUGAGGGGCUUGACAUCGAUGCUUCUGAGCUGAUGGAUCCGUUCCGGUCGAGACCGGAAGACUGUGAGGACGUGGCGGAAAGCCUGGGCAUCGAGGCGGCGCAAGCGGCCCUCGUCGAGGAUUUGCAAGAAGUGUACGGCGACAAGGUGGACCGCAAGCACCUGGAGCUGGUCGCCGACAAGAUGACGGCCUCGGGGAAGGUGCUCUCGCUGAAUAUGAACGGCUACAAAGAGCAUCGCGCCCGGAUGAAGCUUUCCAUUCCGCCGCUCUCCAGAGCGAUAUACCGGAAAGAGAAUAAGAGCGCGCCGAAAAUCCUGACGGACGCGGCAUAUGCCGGCCAGAGAGACGCGCUCACGCAGCCGAGCGCGCGCGCGGGGCUGGGGCUGCCCGUCGCGUCGGGAACGGGCGGCGGGUUCGCGCUACUCCCAAACCCUCGCGCGGCGCGCGCGGCCGUUCCGCAGGAGCGCAUCGCGCAGGCGCGCGCGGCGCAGGAGCGCGCGGCCACGUCGGGCCAGGAGAAGCAGCAGAUGGGCGACCAAGAGCAGGUCGGAGAUGGAAUCUGGUCGCCGGGAAAGGCGAUGCCGUGGCGGGACGGAAGGAAGACUGGGGCUGCGGAGCAUGCCAACCGCGACGGCCCGGAGACUGCCACCGGCUGGGGCGCUCCGGCGGAAUCUGACCGGAACAAAGACCCUGGCUCCGGCUGGGACGAACCGGUUGAAGGGACCGGGUGGGACAUUCCCAGGGAGCCUAAGAAAGCGGGAAACAAGUCUGGCACUGGUUGGAACGGAUCAGAAGCUCCUCUUCAGAGAGGGCCAGCUAAAGAGAGUGAUCGGAACAGAAGCCCGGAAGAUGUGUCAGCAGCUGCCGGAAAGUCCAAUUGGAAGGAAGAUCCUGGCUCUGGUUGGGGAGAUCCAGUUGAAGGGACCGGUUGGAACCUUAAUACCGAGCCCGCGCAAACCGUAAACAAUGCUGGGACUGGCUGGAAGUCGGUGGAAACUCCUCUUGAACGAGGGCCAGCUAACGAGAGUGGGUGGGGGAACCCGGUUGGAGCGACCGGGUGGGGCAUAUCCAUCGAGCCUCAUCAAGUGAAAAGCCCGGCGAACAGAUCGGGGACUGGUUGGAAUACACCGGAAAGUUGUCUCGAGAGAAGGCCAGGGAGCGAGACUGGUCCACCAAACGUUCCGCCGGAACACGCCUCAGCAGCGGCGGAACAACAGCCGGUCGUUUCUCCCGGAGGGAGUGCUCCAGACGAAACCGCCCGGGGUGCUUGUACUAAGGAAGAAGCGGGCAGCGGUUGGGGGUCGCCGGCUGGGUGGGGUGCCGAAGAACUAGAGGGGGGGCAUUUUCCGGAAGGUCCUGAAGAACGAGCAGCGGAAGGAGGGCAGAAUUCAGAGCUUAAAAACGAAGGGGAAUCGAAGAGAGCGAAAAACGAGUCACGAAUAAUCGAGAAGGAGAAGACUUCGACAGAAGUGGAGGAGAUGGUUUGGGCGGCGCCUGAGGACGCCACGUGGCAGGCAGUAACUGGUCCGUCGGAAGAGGAGGCGAGCCUGGGGGCAUGGGGAACGGGGGGCGGAGCUACCGGGUGGGACACCGGGAAAGACGGCGACGAAAUUAGAAGCGCCUGGAAGGGCGACCAGGGGAAAUCAAACGGGUGGGAGAGAACGGACGAGGUCGCCCGAAAAGGGGCCUCGGUUGGAGACAACCACGGGAAGCGAGUGCGAGGAGCUGAAGCAGAACGAGGAGAUUCCGGUCAAGGGCUCACCGGAACGGCGGAAGAGAGAUCUGAGAAGAGACAGAGGCCCGAGGAAACGAGCCGAGAUGAGGCGGGGCAGGGGGGGCAGAUUCGCCCGGGGGAAAGGGAGGGGAAACGGGAGAGGCUCUCUGGGCAUGGGUCAGAGGAUGAUCCGCUCGUGACGGAUUUGAGGGCGAAACGGAACUGGGCAAGCACGAUUCUGCGCCGGUACGAGAUCUCCGAGCGGCUGUCUCCCGAGGACCAGCAGUUCGUGCUUGAGGAGCUUUUGGCGUAUCACGAGAAGGCCGCGGAGAAGAUUGGGUGUGGGGUCGAGGCAAUCAAGGUCGACCGCGCCCCGAAGGGCCAAAGCGACCGGUGCUUCCACGUCCUCAGGACCGACGGCUCCUCGGAAGACUUCUCCUUCCGGAAGUGCCUCGUCAACCGGGCAGCCCAGGCCGGGGCGAACGGCGACCAAAUGCAGGGCCUCACGACGGGCUGGGCGGGCCGGUUCCGUCCCCCGGGGGACGAACCAGCCAAAGAACAUUCCGGUUCCCGUUCCGUUCCCCAGUUCCGUCCCCAGGGGGACCAAUUAGCCAAAGAACAUUCCGAUUUCGGUUCCGUUCUCCGCUUCCAUUCCCCGGCAGACGGACCAGCUAAAACACACCCCACUCUCGUGUCCCGGUUCCGGUCCCCCACAGAUCCACCAGCCGAGGCAGAUCCCGACAAAGACGUGUCCCGGGUCAUACCCCCUAGGGAGGCACCAGCUAGCGAGAGCCCCGGUGACGUGUCCCGGUUUAUGCCUCCAGGCGCCGUCUCACCGGCGGGGGCAGAUCCCGACCACUUGUCACCGGUCGGUCCGUCUAAAGAUCAACCAGCCAGUGCGCCGGAGUCGGAUCACCCAGAACCGCUGCGGAAGCCUCCGGAAGUAUUGGAACGGAGCCGAGAUGAAGGUGCGCAGGUGGGGUCCGCGCCAAUCAGCAACGUUUCUUGA